AUGGCGGUGGAACACGGUCAAGAUCGUAAUCACCAUCACGAUCACGAUGUCCCUUCAACUCACAGUACCCUGAACACUGAACCGUCCAACCUUUCCAAUCCGGAAAUUACCGAGGAAGUUCACCAUGAUAUUGAAAAGGGAAGGUCUGCGGGCAAUCAAAACCCAAUCGAUUCGCUCACGGAGAAAUCUGAUGUGCCUCAGGUGCGACCUCCUGGUCCUGGUCCACCCCCAGACGGUGGACUAGAUGCUUGGAUGACGGUGCUGGGGGGUUUCUGUGGAUUGUUUGUCAGUUUUGGAUGGAUCAACUGUAUCGGUGUCUUUCAAGCAUACUAUGAGAGCCACCAGCUCAGCAACAUGAGCCCCAGCACGGUGGCUUGGAUCACUUCCUUGGAGACCUUUGUGAUGUUCUUUGCUGGCCCCGUCUUUGGAUUGUUGUUCGACAAUUUCGGCCCACGGUGGAUUCUCCUCGGUGGCACCUUCCUCCACGUUUUCGGUCUCAUGAUGACAUCUCUCUCCACUGAAUACUACCAAUUCAUCCUCGCGCAAGGAAUCUGCAGCCCGCUUGGCGCAAGUGCCAUUUUCAACGCCUGCGUGAACUCCGUCAGCACCUGGUUCGCCAAACGCCGCGCCUUUGCGUUGGGAGUCACGGCGUCCGGAUCGAGCUUGGGUGGAGUGAUUUUCCCAAUCAUGGUCUCGCAUUUAAUUCCUCAAGUUGGAUUCCCGUGGGCCAUGAGAAUCUGCGCGUUUCUGAUUCUGUUCAUGCUUGGGAUUGCUAAUGUGACCUUGAAAUCACGAUUGCCGCAUACGAGAAAACCUGUUGAUCUUAUGGUCUUUGUGCACCCCUUGAAGGAUAUCAAGUUUGUCGUGACCGUUGCGGGCUGCUUCUGCUUCUUCUGGGGCAUGUUUUUGCCGUUCACGUAUGUUAUCACUCAGGGCGAGCGGUAUGGCAUGUCAUCCAAUAUGUCGCAGUACCUCAUUCCGAUCUUGAAUGCGGCUAGUAUCUUCGGCCGUACCCUUCCAGGUUACUUAGCAGAUCGCUUGGGCCGAUACAACGUGAUGAUCGUCUUCAGUUACUUUUCUGGUAUUCUGGUCUUGGCCUUGUGGCUUCCGUCCCGGGCGAAUGCACCCAUAAUUCUGUUCAGUGCCCUGUAUGGCUUUGGCUCCGGUGCAUUUGUGUCGCUCGCCCCAGCACUCAUUGCACAGAUCUCAGAUUUGCGUGAAGUCGGGGUGCGCAAUGGUACUUGCUUUUCAAUCAUUUCCUUUGCGGCUCUCACCGGUACCCCUAUCGGUGGUGCGCUGGUUCCAAACGUGCUGAAGGAUUCCUAUACCAGGCUGCAAAUUUUUGCCGGCGUGGUCAUGGUUGUUGGAGCAUCCCUGUUUGUGGUUGCGAGAAUCGUUGUUGGAGGAACCAAACUGGGAAAGGUAUGA